AAAAAAGAAAAGGUACGUUGUUUCGUUUUCCCCAUUUUCGCUUGCUUGUCUUCUCUCUUUGAAAUUGCCCGCCACCGAAAAUCCCUUUCCUCUUCACUUUCUCCCUCAGCAUUCAGCUCCAUUGCUUCCUACAACGGAACAUCGACUCUUUUCUCCGGUUCUGCAAUCUGAAAGGAUUUGGACUGUUGCAAUUUCGCCAUUAUGGGAGACUUGCCAAGAGUUCAGGGGAGCUGGACGGUUUGAUUUGGCUAAGAAAAGUAUUUAGAUUAAAAUUAACAGGGGUACCUACAAUGGGAGGAUAUUCCUAAUACACUUAGGGUACUUGUUGCAACUGAUUGCCAUCUGGGCUAUAUGGAGAAGGAUGAAAUAAGGCGGCAUGAUUCUUUUCAGGCAUUUGAAGAGAUAUGCUCAAUCGCUGAGCAAAAGCAGGUAGACUUCUUACUCCUUGGUGGUGACCUUUUCCAUGAAAAUAAGCCCUCAAGGUCAACAUUGGUCAAGGCCAUUGAGAUUCUCCGUCGUCAUUGUCUCAAUGAUCGACCUGUGCAGUUCCAAGUUGUUAGUGACCAGACUGUGAAUUUUGCAAAUACAUUCGGGCAUGUAAAUUAUGAAGAUCCCCACUUUAAUGUUGGGUUGCCGGUGUUCAGUAUCCAUGGAAAUCAUGAUGAUCCUGCUGGAGUGGACAACCUUUCAGCAGUUGAUAUUCUUUCAGCAUGUAAUCUUGUGAACUACUUCGGGAAAAUGGUUCUCGAGGGUUCUGGAGUUGGUCAGAUCACGCUCUAUCCUAUCCUUAUUAGAAAGGGCUCAACUGCUGUAGCUCUCUAUGGUCUUGGGAACAUUAGAGAUGAACGACUCAAUAGAAUGUUUCAGACACCACAUGCUGUGCAAUGGAUGAGACCUGAAUCUCAAGAAGGUCGUCAGCUGUCUGACUGGUUCAACAUUCUGGUACUUCAUCAGAACAGAGUGAAGACAAAUCCAAAAAAUGCUAUAAAUGAACACUUUCUUCCACGAUUCCUGGACUUCAUUGUGUGGGGACAUGAGCAUGAAUGUCUUGUUGAUCCUCAGGAAGUUCCUGGAAUGGGAUUUCACAUCACUCAACCAGGUUCUUCAGUUGCAACAUCACUAAUCGAUGGAGAAUCAAAGCCAAAGCAUGUGCUUCUUCUAGAAAUUAAGGGAAAUCAGUAUCGCCCAACCAAAAUACCUUUGACUUCAGUGAGGCCUUUUGAAUAUGCAGAGGUCGUGUUGAAGGAUGAAGCUGACAUUGAUCCCAAUGAUCAGAACUCAAUUCUUGAACAUUUGGAUAAAGUGGUCAAUAAUCUAAUAGAGAAAUCUAAUAGAAAGGCAGUUAGCAGAUCAGAGCUCAAGCUUCCAUUAGUUAGAGUGAAGGUUGAUUACUCUGGAUUUAUGACCAUAAAUCCUCAAAGAUUUGGGCAGAAGUAUGUGGGGAAGGUUGCAAAUCCUCAAGAUAUUCUUAUAUUCUCCAAGGCUUCUAGGAGGGGGCAGAGUCACGCUAAAAUUGAUGAUUCUGAGCGCCUUCGCCCAGAAGAGCUAAAUCAACAGAAUAUAGAAGCUUUAGUUGCUGAAAGUAAUCUGAAGAUGGAGAUUCUUCCGGUCAAUGAUUUGGAUGUUGCAUUGCACAAUUUUGUUAAUAAAGAUGACAAAAUGGCAUUCUAUUCUUGUGUGCAAUACAAUAUUCAAGAAACACGUAACAAACUUGCAAACGAUUCAGAUGCCACAAAGUUUGAAGAGGAAGAUAUAAUUCUUAAAGUUGGAGAAUGUUUGGAGGAACGUGUUAAGAAAAGGUCCGUGCACUCUAAGGAUGCUCUACAAUUCACAUCCAGUGCACAUUCCAUGGAGGAUUUUAGAAGUGCAACUGCUGCUGGAAUUGCAAGUGCAGUUUCUUUUAGUGAUGAAGAAGAAACAGAACAGGUAUCUGGCUCAAGGACCUCCGGUAGAAAACAGAAAGGGUCGAGGGUAGUUUCUAGAUCUUUAGCUGCUUCAGAAGCUGGAAAAGGUAAAACUUCUACAAGAGGAAGGGGCAGGGGCAGAGGCAGAGGCUCAAGUAACUUGAAGCAAACAACUCUUGAUGCAGCUCUUGGAUUUCGUCAGUCUCAAAGAUCUGCAUCUGUUGCUGCAACAGCUGCAGUUAGAAGUAUUGCUGAUGAGGACGAAAAUGUGGAUUCUGCUUCAAGUGAAGAUGCUGAGAAUAAUAGAAUCAAUGAGGUUGAGGACAGUUCGGAUGACGGUGGGAGCAUUCAAGGCAAAGGGCGCAAAAGAGGUGCUUCUAGGGGAAGAGGUAAAGCUGCUGCACCAUCAAAGCGGGGAAGGAAAUCAGAUAACUCAACCAUUCAAAGAAUGCUUAUGGGCAAGGAUGACGACGACGACGACGACGACGAUGAUGUGGCAAAGAGAUUAAACAAGUCUCAACCUCGGGUAGCGAGGAACUAUGGAGCUUUAAGAAGGUAAGGACAAUGAGGUUCAACUUCAACAUAUCCUAUUGCAAAUUCUGGUCAACCGAAUGGUUUGUUCUGGUCAGACGUUACGUAGACAUGGUAUGAUUCAUAUCUUAAGUACAAGUGAAGAACUUUAGGUACUCAAAAUUUUGGAAGCAUGGAACCAAGAAGUGUUCUUGUCUAUGAAAUUCUGCUAGACAUGGGAACAUGAGAGCUGCUAAACAUUUUGCUUAUUUUGAAUUUCAAGCAUCAAGUUCAUAUCUUUAGUGAUUUUUAAUUACCAUUUACUAUGUAUAUAUUGAAGUUUGUAUAGCACUUACUAACGAGUGAUCAUACAUGUUUUUUAACCGUUUCCUUAGUGAUAGAUUAAUUGUCGUGGGACUUAUUAACCACGUGAGAAUUUAUGUGGUGAAGUGAUGCUGAAACUUUGAUUGGAUUUGUGAUUUUCAUUAGUCUUAAA